CUGGACGAGGAGGCGGAGUUGUCCACGGUGUGGUACCGGCCCGAGGGGCUGGACCGCCUCGCCCAGCAGACCAAAUUCAGCAAGAGGGAGCUCCAGAUCCUCUACCGCGGAUUCAAAAACGAGUGUCCGAGCGGCGCUGUGGACGAGGAGACGUUCAAAGGCAUCUACUCCCAGUUCUUCCCCCAGGGAGAUUCAAGUACGUACGCACAUUUCCUGUUUGAGGCCUUCGACACCCACAGCCACGGACUGGUCAGCUUUGAGUUCGCCCUGUUUUCUGUGCAUGUGGACCUCAUAACCGAGGCUUUGGGUUAUGAACAGCUCACCAGUGAAGUGUUCGUUGGCUUUUUCCUGCUGCAGGACUUUGUCGUGAGCCUGUCCAUCAUCCUGAGAGGCUCCAUCACGGACAAGCUCAACUGGGCCUUUAAUCUCUACGAUCUCAAUAAGGACGGCUGCAUCACCAGAGAGGAGAUGACGGAAAUAAUGAACUCCAUCUAUGACAUGAUGGGGAAAUGCACCUUCCCCAACAUGAGCGACAGCGCUCCAAAGGAGCACGUGGAGAGCUUCUUUCAGAAAAUGGACAAGAACAAUGACGGCGUGGUGACCAUCGAAGAGUUCUUGGAGACGUGUCAGAAGGACGAGAACAUCAUGCAGUCCAUGCAGAUGUUUGAUAACGCGAUCUGA